AUGAACGUUGAUUCUCUCCCUUGUGAGACGCUUUGCGACAUCUUUCAUGAAUGUGUGCGCAACGAGCAUUGCAGGGAAGAAAACGUUGGGAUACCGAUAAGGAUUUCGAGCGUUUGUCGGCGAUGGCGCAACGUAACCCUCUCACUUGAUGUAUUCUGGACCUACUUGUGUUGUUACUAUGACGGAAGACACGGGAAACGAGUCAUUGAGAUAUUCGAUACAUGGCUCCGCAGGUCGAACAGGGCACCAUUCAACUUCGAAUUCAAAUGCAUUCUCGAGGGUGACGCAUCUCCAGAGCAAAUCGACGCAGCUGAAUACGUCAUUUUAGCGUUGAUCUCUCAUCAGUGGCAUUGGGGGAAAGUCGACUUUUUCUGGAACUUCAGAAAAUCAUCCAGCUUUCCGGGUAUAAAGCUCAACAAUAUGCCGAAAUUAACCUCACUUCGCUUAUCCUCUGAGCUCACAAAUAGUGAUGGAUUCGACGAGGAUGGAAGUGUCGAUCUUUCUCAGUCUUCGAAACUUGAUUAUCUACAUCUAGAUGGUCCGUUUCGUCUCAAAAUUGGAGAAAACCCCAUGCACUUGGCACGUUCGUUUUUUCUCAAUCUAUAUGGACUUUUCACGGUUCGACAGUGUGUAGAAUUUCUCAAGGCGGCUCCGAAUUUGAAGAGGUUUACGGUUGCCUUUAACGACACGCCCGAACCAUCUUUUGACGAGAAUCGUUCUGUCAUCCUGCGCAGCCUUCAAUUCCUUUCAUUGCAGGAUAUUUCUUCAGUCCUAGUGAUCGAUAAACUAGUCCUCCCCGCUUUGGAAGAACUUCAUUACUUUGGGGAUGAAGGCGGAAGUCUCUUGGCCUUUGUCGAGCAUUCCUUACCGCCAUUAACCCGGUUGGACAUUAGUGGCGCCUGUGCGGGCGAAGGAACGAUCGUGCACCUUCUACCUCUUCUCCCCCUACUUCAGGUGCUCAACUUGGCUCACGGUACCAUUUCAACACGGCUCUUUGAGACUCUUUCGGCGCCAAUCGGUGCAGGCACAGAUUCUCGGACUCGCGACAAACAUGACUACAUCUUAUGCCCCAAUCUUAGGUGGUUUUACUUCUGCGGAUAUUCAGUCGUGGGGGAUUUGCGUGAAUGUGCUGACGCAUUAUGCACCAUGCUGGAGUCACGUUGGAACGUUUUGAAGAUAUGGGACGAAUUAGUCGGCUGUGAUUGGCUUCUAUACCCGUUUUCUACAGCUGAUUGCGAAAGAGUGCAGCAUCACAUCCAAGACAGACAUUAUUUUCUUGCUAAAUGCGUUGGCGAUCGCGACCAAUACCUAUUCCAAUAUCGAGAUUGA